UACUUUGAUUCCGUAGCCGACAACUGCAACUAUUUGGGUUUCUGUAUGGACAGGAAAAAGUCACAGAGAAUGUUGGAUGCUCUUCGGAUGCCUGUUGUCAUUGGUACCGCCUUGUUUAUUGUCAUCUAUAUAAUAAUGGACAUCGCCAUGGAAACUCCAAGAAACCUCACAUCACUGACUGGAGUGUUGUUCUUCGUGGUCACCUUUUUCGUCUUUUCUCAUGAUCCAUCGGGGGUGAAGUGGCGCCCUGUAUUCUGGGGUUUGGCCCUCCAGUUCCUGUUUGCCCUGCUUAUCCUUCGUUGUCGGUUUGGGUUUCAGGCAUUUAAAUGGCUAGGCGAGCGCGUUUAUGAGUUUCUAUCCUAUACUGACGAAGGUUCGAUGUUCGUUUUCGGAGAAAAGUACACUGACCACUUUUUUGCAUUCAAAGCGCUGACAGUGGUGGUGUUUUUCAGUACGACAGUGUCUGUCCUUUAUUACUUAGAAGUCAUGCAGUUCAUCAUCUGUUACAUCGCCCGCUUCAUGGCCUCUACGCUCGGUACAUCGCCCACAGAGUCGCUAAAUGCAGCUGCCAACAUAUUUAUUGGACAUAGCGAGGCUCCACUGUUAAUCAAGCCGUUCCUCCCGGAAAUGACGAACUCGGAGCUACACGCCGUACUGACGGGGGGUUUCGCCACCAUUGCCGGUACAGUCAUGGCGGCGUACAUUCUGAUAAACGUGCCCGCUAAUCACCUCCUCUCAGCAUCUGUCAUGUCCGCGCCUGCAGCGUUAGCGAUGUCCAAACUGAUUUAUCCAGAGACAGAUCGACCACGCGUUCACCCUAACAAAGUAUACCAGAUGGACAAAGGUCCAGAGAGAAAUGUGAUCGAGGCAGCUUCAAAUGGCGCAUCCCAGUCCAUCAAACUCAUAGCAAACAUCGCAGUGAACAUGAUCGCAUUCAUUGCUAUGCUUGAGUUUGUCAACGCCACUUUGGCUUGGUUUGGAGCCAGAGUCGGACUAGAACCACCAGAGUACGAGAGACUAACAUUUCAGUUUGUAUGUUCCUAUGUGUUUUGGCCUAUUGCCGCGAUGAUGGGAGUUGACGUCGCCGAUUGCCGUAAAGUGGCGGAAAUGAUUGGAACCAAAAUAUUUAUCAAUGAACUUGUAGCAUAUACAGAACUCUCUGUUUACAUAAAUAACAAGCACAACUUAACAUGGUAUGAGAAAAGAAUGCGAAACAUGACGUCAUGGGUUGCCAACGGAAGUGACGUAUCUGAAUGGUAUUUCUCGGGAGAGAACAUUGUAUACAAGGAAAUGAAUAUAACCCUGCAAAAAGGAGUAAUGUCUGAUAAAUCAAUAGUUAUUUCGACAUAUGCCUUGUGUGGAUUUUCAAACGUCAGUUCCCUGGGAAUAAUGCUGGGAGCACUCGGUGCGCUGGUUCCGUCUCGGAAGUCGGAUGUUUCUUCCUUAGUGAUCAGCGCAAUGAUAACCGGGAAUGUAGCCUGCUUUAUGACGGCUAGCAUAGCAGGACUUUUGUAUAGCGGAGAAGUGGAGAAGACAUAUCCUCGUGAUGAACUGAUCUGAUGAGGCAAACCUACGUCUGUCAGGAGUCUUACACCCGUCCUGACAGUAAGGAACCAGAUGUUUACCAGAUGUUUGCAUAAAUGAUGUUAAAGCAUCAUACUAAAAGUAAAGACAGUUCAGCGUGCUCAGAAGUAUAUGUGCAUAUUCACAACAAUGCAUAUCCUUAUUUGAUGUUUGAAAGGUGUUUAAUCCAUUAAUAUUUAGUUUGGCCUGUAAAAAGCAUUUAAGUUAAAAGUAAAAUGUGAUUACCUCAAAAAUCACAAACUGGAUGUUUCUUUUUGAAAUGUUCAUUUGUAAUUGGUCUAAAUUGAAUUGCUAAAAGUA